CAAUUACGGGAGUCUGAGCAUUCUGAGUCAACUACGGGCGUCUGUGAGUCAGUCAGCGACAAGGAGUCGCCUGGUCUAGACAGUGGAAGGAAGUGUGUGAUGUGACAUGGCUUGGAGAGAGCCAGAGGCUGCCACUUCUUGGGUCAGGAAAAUUUCUUAUUUCAUCGAAGUGGUGGGGGAGGGGGAGCUGAAAGGUUUAUGGGAAGGCCCGCCAUUCCUGCCCAUCAUGGUGGAGCGCUGAAUAGCGACUUUUGACAACAUAAAAAGUCUGCCUUGCAAUCGUGCUACCAUCUGACGAUAGUUCUGAGCUAGUUCGGUACUGCCACCAAAAAUUGAAAUUCCUUUGUUAUAAGGAGUUAUAUACGUUCUAUAACAGUUUAUUUCGGAGUGUUUCACGACUUUCUUCCGGUGUUGAUGUUUGGUCCGUGUUGACGUGAAAGAUUUUACAGAGAAAUGCCGAAUUAUAGGUGUUUUGGGGUUCCCAAUUUCCUCAAUAAGCGAGUGGGGGAUGCAGAAAAUACUAGGCUGUUUACUUUUCCAACUGAUCAUCAACGGUGUAUGGAGUGGCUGAUGGCAAUUACGUACCCAACAUUAGCUACCCAUCUCCUCACGCUGGAGAAGAGAGAUCAUAUCAUGUGGAAGGGUGCCUCCGUGGAAGUUUUGAUAUUGCUGUACCACGUGAUGGAAAUUCUAUUUUACAUUCUCGUGUGGGGAAGCGCAAUGGGAGUGCGACUCCAAUCGAUUUUCCUGCUCAAAAGCAGAUGCGUGGCUUCUCUUGUGAGUAAUUGUUUCCAUUUAGAUUUG